AUGUCAGAGGAUAUUAAGACAAGAGCAUUAAACUAUUUGAAUUGUCCACUUGGAGAUAUGCAUGAAGGAGAGCAAUUGAAUUUUGUUUGUAUUGAUUCGACUUGCAAAGAAAUGGGUCUCAUAUGUCCAGUUUGUAGAUCAUAAAAACAUGCGAAACAUAAAGUGAUUCCAUUAAAGAUAUUCCUUGCAGACAUUUCUGUUAACGUGAAUGGAAAACAGAAUUAAAAUUCUAUUGACUCCUUAUUGACUCAGCUUGAUUAAACGCGUGCCAGAUUGUUAUCAACUCUCAAGGAGACUGUGCAGAAAAUGGUUUUAUAAAUAAAAAUACUGGAAGAUUAAAUUAAUUUGAGUCACAAGAAUACUAGACAACGAUUGUUGGAAUAAAAUUAAACAUAAAUGAAUUUCCCAUAGAUAUUUUAGUAAAUUCUCAAUAGUCAAUACAAAAAUGUUGAUCAACUCAAAUAGGAUGUGAGAAAGAUUAUAGAUAACGUUAGUUAAUUGUAGGCUGGAAAAAUUGAGAUUGACUUCAAACCAUAGAAAUUAUAUGAUUAAUAUUAAAAAGCUUCUUAAGAAUCAAUCAGUCAAUUUAAUUAAUUGCUUACGUAAUUCAAAUAAUCGCUUUACAAAAUAUUUAAACCUAUUGAAAAAUACACUGUACCAUUACAAGCAUCAAAUUCCACCAAUUUUACAUUCAGCACUGUUCUUAAAUCUCCAACCAUAAAUAUUACAGAGUAAAAGAUUGCUCAUCAAACUGCAAAUCAGAAUAGCGAAAACAGGUUCAUUCUAAUUGAACCUCAAAUAGUAGAAUCAUGUAAAAUUGCCAUUAAGAUUUCAAAUCUAAGCAACUUCAUUGGAAUAGGAAUUGCGUAUAAAAAUGUACUUUUGGGGAAGAAUAUGAAAUUUGAUCAUCAAAAUUUGGGACACGGCUCUUACAUGAUUUCUUCAAAUGCACACACUUGGUCUCAUUCUAAGAAAGAAGAGAAUAUGGUCUAGAAAGCCUUCAAUUUUACAACUGGUGAUAUUAUUAUUGUAGAAAUCAUGUUGGAGAAUAAGACACUCAAAUUUACAUGUAAAAAUAAACCAAAUGAAACUCAAGCUAUAAAUUUGACAUUUGAUAAUCCAGACAAUGAUGAUAUUCAUUUCUGUGUCAAUAUGUGUUAUUCUGGAGAGAAAGUGGAAAUCCUAGAUGAUUUAGAAUGA